CGCCGAAAAGAUAAAAUAAAAGUUUUGGUAAACCUUCAAUUCUGUCUGCAUCCAUUAAAUAACAUAAAUAUUUCGACAAGGGACGACCUAAAACAUAGCAAAUAAUUCGUACGAAUACACUCAUGUUAUAAUUAAACACUACCUUUUAACUGAUCUAAAAAAAUGGAUAGUGUGGACAUACCUUAUCUGUCAUUUGUCAGCCAAUGAGAGGAGUUGCAAAAUGCAUAUUAUACUCUCCCUUCUCGCCGCACCACUCUACGCUCCAGCCCCAAUCAGCUGAGCGUUGUGGCAUAAAUAAUUUUAUUGCGCUGUGUUUAUCGUGUGUAUUUAGAACUUUUGGGUGAAAACAGCAAAAAUGAAUACAAUAAUCAGCGAAUUUAGCAUGAACGAUUUAAAUAGUAAGUUCUUCGAGAUAAUGCAAAAUGAAAAGAGCGCAGAGGAUGCAGCAAAUUUUAUAUACGACAAUGUUUACGACGAUGUAGCGCUGGGCGUGCUUUUUGAGUUCCAUCAUGGCUUGAAAACAGGUCUCACGGAACUUUUAGAAGGCGAAAAGGAAGAGGACGAAGGAUAUAAGAUAGUUAAUUCCCCAGAAUGUGACGUUUUCGGUUUCUCCAUGUUAAAAAAGACCCCAGACUCAAAUUGCUCAUGCCCUAAUUGUGAUAGACCAGUUUCAGCGACAAGAUUUGCUCCACAUUUGGAAAAAUGCAUGGGUAUGGGUCGCAACAGUUCUCGUAUAGCAUCCCGUCGUAUUGCAUCCAAUAGUAGAGAACCAACCUCAUAUGCUGGCCUAUUGAGUGACGAUGAGGACGACGCUGAUUGGUCAACAAUACACAGCGAGCGACGCAAGCGAAGAAUAAAAAACAAUAACAGCAAGAAACCCGCCAAAAUUCACAAAUCUACCCGUUGUCCCCAACACACGGAAGAACAGCGCCGGGCUUUACGGAACAGUGUUCUAGAACCUUCCACUCCGGAGUCACAGACAAUGGGGUUGACUGCUGACGAAGCUGGCUCGCCUCCUGACUCGAGCCCUUCGUCCUCUUGUUCGUCAUCAAGCCGCAAACGUGACAGACAUCGCGCUCAGCCCAGGAACAAGAAGAGAGAUCGUAAUAUCUCACCUAAUAGGGAUUAAACAGUUUCGCAGUACCAAUUCACGCCAUAUUGGCUGUUUAUAUUGAACCUUUAUGCAAUAUUUUACAAAUGUGUGACUCAAUUGACGUUUAAAAAAUCUGUCAUUUACAUUCAAACAGCCAAUGUGGCGAAAUAUGACUUGUUGAUUAAAAUAAUAUCUUAAAAACUAGCUAUUAUAGAUAUAGCGUGGAAAUGUAAUAUAUUUAAAUGACCAGCCUUAGCCCGCGACUCGGUACUCGGACGAAUUAGUUUUGCAUUUAUGAUAUUAUUUUAUUAAAUGUUUAAUGACGUACAAUGAUUUAAUUAGUAAGACUUAUUAAUAAUUAGAUAUUCCACGUGUUCAUGUUAUAUAAUCUUUACCUCUGAUUGCAUUUAAAAUACUCCUAAUAAAACAUAAUUUAUUAAUUUAAAAAUGUAAUUGGAUUUAUAAUUUGUACUUGAGCCUCUUUAAUCUAGACUUGUAAUAAAAAAUAUUUUUUAUUUAUGUAUGUGUAUAAAUGGCAAGAUAUAUAUUUUAGUGAUGCUUAAGUUACACCACCGAAUUAAGAGUAUCUUUAGUUAGAAAAAAAUUGAAUAUCGGUAAAUCAUCAAGAGCUUGUCCAAUGUGAGAUUUACUACGUAGAUAGCUAUGCUAAAUAAUAUGUAAUAAAUAAAAAAUUCAUUAAAAAUAUGUACGUUUCAUUUAGUUUCAUCAAAAGCAAAUAAAACUCUCAGAUAAAAGAAUAACUAUAAUUUAUUGGCAUAAUAACCAUUGACGUAUUUACAUUUUAAAAAUAUAGAUAUCACAAAACACACGUGAAAUAAAUGUUGCUAGAAAUAAAAAUUAGGAACAAGUAUGUUAAGUACAUACAAUAAACAAGAUUUAGAGAAAAUCGCUUCAUUACAAGAUUUGUAACAUGAUUAUCAUUCAAUAAAAAAUAAUAAUUAAAAAAUAAAAAGACAAUUCGAUAUAAUUGUGUUAUUUUUUUUAAAAUUUCGAUUAGUUAUAAGACGAUUUCAAAUUCAUGAUUGUAAAAAUAUAUCAAUACAUACAUAAAUUUUUCUAUCCUUAAGUCUUAAGCACAAACUACGGCUAUGAUCACAAAAAGAAUUCAUAAUGUUUGUGCUGCUCGUAAAUUUAUUUUUAAAACACUUAGUAGGAACGAGGCCAGUCUGUAGUCUACAGUAUAUAUAUAUAUAUAUAUAUAUAUAUAUAUAUAUAUGUGUGUGUGUGUGUGUGUGUGUGUGUGUGUUUUUAAAGACCUCAAAUAUAGCAGAUUUUAGAGCUAUUGAGAGCACCGGUGUCUAUGAAUAUUAUUUUGACAUAUUUUCAUGAUUCUCGAUGUGAGUAGAGCUAGGUUUU